GCUUAUCAACAACAGUGGAGAUAGAGCGGUGGCGGCGGACGCCUCUCUGCCACCUCCCGGACCUGGAAUUAUUUCAUAUUCUCUCUAUUACUGACGUCUUGGUACGAGUUGUGUGAGUGUGUGUGUGUGUACAUAGUGUCCAGGUCUAGUCUCGUGUCGGAAACGGGACUGGUGGAGUGGCGACGUGUGUGUGGUAGAAGACUUUUAUCUCAGGAAGUGUGGUAUCUCCAACUUGACGGAUGUUUUGACCGAUAAGGAGCUGACAGUAUCAUCAUGACCACGAUGCAGGGUUAUAUCAGCGGGCAGGAAGCCCCAUUAGACGAGCUCCCGUCUUGGAAGCGAGAAUUAAUUCUACGCAAGAGGGCAAACGCCAGAAUUCACGGGGGAUUUGGACUGGCGGCUCCUGCACCACCGAUGGCGGGUCGUGGACGAGGCUUGAUGAGUGGCCCAGGGCAGCCUGCACCGUCAUCCUCGCUCAGUGGCCCUGGCCAGCCUGUGUCGCCAUGCUCGCUCAGUGGCCCUGGCCAGUCUGUGCCGCUAUCCUCGCUCAGUGGCCCACACCACCCGGCGGCGUCAUGCUCGCUCAGUGGCCCCCACCACCCGGCGGGCGCACGCUCGCUGAGUGGCCCUCUACCCUCCCACCCCCACCCGCCGUCUCAUGCGAACAACUCGGCGGUCAGUUCACGUUUGGAUGGUGGUUGUGCGACUGUCAGUGGCGGUGACGAUGGAAGUCAAAACCAUAAAUAUGUUAUAACCGGUGAAAUAGCGAGUGUUAGCGUAAGCAGCAUGCAUCAUAAGGGUUUAUAUGACGAGGGGCCGAGGGUCACCUCACCUACGUACUCCACCGUCAGUGACUCCUACGCUCAAGAAGAUGAGGAACUUCGGUAUGGACCGGGCAUCGUGUCCAAAUUAAAAAACCGGUACAUGAGCCUAGCCAUGAGGGAGAGUAGGUCCCGGCCGUCGCUAAGGAGGUUCAGCUCCCUGGAGGACUUGUUGGACACUGAGCCCCGGGAAACGUGGCAGGAAAGGGGUAUCAGUGAUGCCAAGCCCCGCGCCGCCCCUGUCACUGCCGUCAGUCACCGCCGUGAGGUGAUGCGAAGGGCGCGAUCUGUGGACUCUCUGAGCUGUAGGUUAACCGAAGAUUCUGCUAGAAUCAGAACCCCGGGCCUUCCGAAGAGCCGGUCGGCUACAAGUCGCCUCCAAUCUAGUCUGUGUGCACUGGGCAAGGAUGACGUCAUCAUCAUAGAGACCAGCAAACCUGCGGCCAUGGAGCAGAAGGCUGUAAAUGGUGCUGGCCAGACAGUGGACGCUGGUGAGCCGCCCCCACUCACCCGCAGGCUGUCGUCCUCCAGCCUAGUGGAGGAGGAGGACAUGCCAGCCCCUGACACAGUUCGCCAGGUUAAGAGGUUAUUCGAAGCACCGGGUAACAGACCCCUGCGGGGCACAGCUGCUCGUGUUGCCGCGCACAAAGCAGCUCAGUCAUCAAAGGCCAAUGGUGUUGCAAUAGUGUCCAAACCUGCCCUUAAAGUGAAGCCUAUAGUAAUGCCUGCGCGUAUAGCGUCUCCUCCAUCCUCCACACACUCCAUCACUAUUGAGGAAGCCAAGUCGUCCCUUAAGAAAGUGGCUCAGGUGACGCGGCCGUCACCAAGGGCCACCCUUAGUGUGCGUGCAACAGCCCUAAACGGCGAUGCAACCGCUUCUACACAUUCUGGUCAGGAAAUAUUAAGUACAGUAAGGGCGCGGCCUGGGUUGACCCCCGUGAGUGCGUCUGUAACAGCACCCAUGGUGAAUGGUGACCCUGGACCCAGGCAGGCACAAGGCGAAAGUCUCAGUGCGUUUGAGGUAGAGGAAGGGGUGAGGAGGGUAUCCAACAUUGCCGUCUCCAAUAUUAGAAAAGAGAGUCAAUCUCAGGAAUUUAAUUUUACAAAUAGACCUGCCAACACCCCUAGUGCCCAGUUAGCGGCACCAAAACUGUCUUCCCCAACGCCCACGCCCCUGCCAGCCUCCCCCGUGGCUUCCCACAGAGUGCCCGCCCACACGCCCUUCAGUAGUAAAGGUGAGAGGGCACAAGAGAGUGAGCUCGUUCACCGGAAGAACCUUAAGAACGCAGAGUCCCGACCACAGACUUCGCCAGUAGAGCCCCCUCAAACAAAAUUACCCUCCCCAACAAACGUGGAAUCCCCAAAACAAACCAAAGUUGAACCCAACAAAUCUGCCCCUAAGGUGGAACUUUACAAACCCCCUCCUAAAGUGGAACCUCAGAAGCCGAGCCCAAAGAAAGUCGAAUCAAAACCAGAAGUGGUGACUCCUGUCAAAAGUGAACCCAUCAAACCCACUCCGUCCCCUGUCGACUUGGUGAGGAGCCCCAACAAGGGAAGCUUGGUGGAGGCCUUCAACACUACCAACAAACCACCUCUCGCAAACGUAGGAGGUAACAGUCCGGGGAGUACCCCAAUCACCACCAAAACGGCGAGUCACCGGGACCGUUGGAACCAGCACGACGCAACGACGCUGGUGUUCAACUUCACCAGUAGUAAGAAGGAAACCCCGGACUACAUAGAGAAUGAUGGCGUCGACUUGUCCAGGAGACCAGAGGCAAAGCAGCUGGACUCCGGGUACGUGAUCAUGCCCGGGUGGGAGGGCCGGGCCGACUCCAGCACCGACGGCGACGACCUCGACGACUCGGGCCUCGACUACCUGGACAGUAGACCCGGAGUGCUGCCUGCGCCCUCGGGCAUCGUCUUCGAGGGCGAGGCUGUCAUUAUCAACGGCAGGAGCAACCUACAGCGGCAACCCAAGACGAAGAAGGUGAGUGUGAGAGGGAGGAGACGGCCUUGACGGGGGUAUUAAGGG